GGGCACGGGCGCUGUGCGGGGCCGCGGGCGGCGGAGUAUGCGCGGGCCUCGGCGGCCAGCCCCGGCGCACAGCCGCGGCUGGGGCGCGCGGCGCGGGGCGGAAAAGCCUGUUUACACAGACUGCACACCGCCUGGGGAAUAAUGCAGUAAAGGAAGUGAGCCGGCUCGGCCUGACUGCUCCAACUUCCUGCUCUCACACACACCAGAGGAAAAAAAAAAAAAAAAAAAAAAGAGGAGCGAGAGAAAGAAAAAAAAGGGGGAAAAAUCAGGAUCUCAUUACAAGAGCAACAGACCGUCUGCAGACGCCUGUCAGCAUGGAAAGUCGGGGGCUUUCGCCCGGUUCCUCCUAGAAAUUCCCCCGAAGAAGGAUCUUGAAAUCUCCCCCACAUCUGGGUAUGGAGAGUGCAAUCACGCUGUGGCAGUUCCUGUUGCAGUUGCUGCUGGACCAGAAACAUGAGCAUCUGAUUUGCUGGACUUCCAACGAUGGUGAAUUCAAGCUCCUCAAAGCAGAAGAAGUGGCCAAGCUCUGGGGUCUCCGAAAAAACAAAACAAACAUGAACUACGAUAAGCUGAGCAGAGCCCUGCGAUACUAUUAUGACAAGAACAUCAUCAAGAAGGUGAUCGGGCAGAAGUUUGUGUACAAAUUUGUCUCCUUCCCGGAGAUACUGAAAAUGGACCCUCACGCAGUGGAGAUCAGCCGGGAGAGCCUUUUGCUGCAGGACAGCGAGUGCAAGGUGUCCCCCGAGGGCCGCGAGGCGCACAGACACGGCUUGUCCGCCCUCAAGAGCGCGAGCCGCAAUGAGUACAUCCACUCCGGCCUGUACUCGUCCUUCACCAUCAACUCCCUGCAGAACCCACCCGAGUCCUUCAAGGCCAUAAAGACGGAGAAGCUGGAGGAGCAGCCGGAAGACAGCCCUCCUGUGGAAGAAGUCAGGACUGUCAUCAGGUUUGUGACCAACAAAGCCGACAAGCACGUCAGCAGGCCCGUGGUGUCCCUGCCCUCCACGUCUGAGGCCUUCCUGGCCUCGUCCGUCUCCGCCAAGAUCUCCUCUUUAAUGUUGCCAAAUGCUGCCAGCAUUUCAUCCGCCUCGCCCUCCUCAUCUCGGUCCCCAUCCCUGUCCCCCAACUCUCCCCUCCCUGCCGAACACAGAAGCCUCUUCCUGGAGGCUGCCUGCCAUGACUCGGAUUCCCUAGAGCCCUUGAACCUGUCAUCAGGCUCCAAGACCAGGCCUCCAUCUCUUCCCCCAAAGGCCAAAAAACCCAAAGGCUUGGAAAUCUCCGCGCCCCCGCUGGUGCUCUCCAGCACCGAUAUCGGCUCCAUCGCCCUCAACAGCCCGGCCCUUCCCUCGGGAUCCCUCACCCCAGCCUUCUUCACCGCCCAGACACCAAAUGGAUUGCUUCUGACCCCGAGUCCACUACUCUCCAGCAUACAUUUCUGGAGCAGCCUUAGUCCAGUUGCUCCACUGAGUCCUGCCCGGCUGCAAGGGCCAAACACGCUGUUCCAGUUCCCAACACUGCUCAAUGGCCACAUGCCAGUGCCAAUCCCCAGUCUGGACAGAGCUGCUUCUCCAGUCCUGCUUUCCUCCAACUCUCAGAAAUCCUGAUGACAUCUGGCCACAAUUAAAGACUCAUUAACUGAUGAAACAAAUUUGUUCCCAUGGGCUAGUUUACCUGUGUUGUAAGAAGGACGUUGUGAAACCCAUCUGUUAAUUUGGUUUGCACUUUUCACAGCAUGGUCUAGAUUUAUGUUAGCAUUUUAAAAACAUUUUUAUAUUCAAGUAUAUAUGAAAAUCUGUUUUGCAUUAAGUGAAUUUUAAUGUUUUUGUUUUUAUAUCCUCUUAGGUUUUAAGUGUUGAACACUGUUGACAGUGAAGAACUUUUCUUAGUGGUUUUCAGUGUAACAAGGAUGUGAAGAUUUUUUGCUCUUUAAUUCUGCAAAUGCUGAACUGUGCUUAUAUACACUAUAACCAGCUGUGCCUUCCUUUGCAUUUAGUUUUAUGUAAAUGUUUUUAGUAUUAAGAGAAAAUGAAAGACAAAAAUUAGUAUCAAACAGCUCUAGUAGAAUUUCAUUAUUUUUCACAAGUAGGCAAUAUGAAAGCAGAUUCAUAUUAUUUUCUUUUUUGCUUUCAAUUGUAUGAGAAUUGCCUUAGAAUCUCUUUUAAACUGAAAUUCAGUAAAUAUAAUGUCCAAGUAAUGUUUUUAUACGAGAAACUAAGCCAUAUUUAGACAAUAAACUUUCAUAAAAUAAAAUGUUCUAAAGUGCAUUUUUUGAAAAAUGAACUUUGAAAGGCUAGACUUUUAGCUGUUUACAAUCUUUUAGACUCCCCUCAGACAAAAACCUAAGAUGAUGGAAAAGCUACAUCAAGUUCACUCUAUCCAUGUCCCUGGAAUACUUCCUAGGUAAGCAUAUUCUUAUUUCAAAAAAUUAACCUGGUUCUCCCAGUUUUCUAUAAUCAUACCCCUCUGAUGCAUUUAUUGUAUCAUUAUGAGUUACGGUUUCACUAAACCCCUGCACCUAUAAUUACCAUUUGAAAAUCCUAUGCUUUGGAACAGGCUCACAGACUGACCAUGAAUAAAAAGAAACAACUUUUAACACCGGGUACCUUGAUGUGUAUAGGUAUAUCCUUGCUUGUGGAAACUGAGAGGUGUAGAACACACUGCUUUAUGUAUUACUACAUUUAUGGUGAGAAUGAAGGAUAACUGAUAAAAGAAAUAUAAAAUUCUUCAGGAACCUCAUCAUUGUGGAACUGAACUGAUUAUUUAACAAUUUGGAACACUCAGUAAAUUCUUUUGUGUUGCAUAGUGUAGUGUAGAGCAGUGAUAACAGAAACAUUUUCUGUUCCUUCAAAAAAUUAGCAGGCACCACUCUAUAUAUGAAGUUGGAAAGUGCCUGGUGAUUUCAAUUCGAGAUUAAGGUAUUUUUCAUCCUUAUUAACAGAGGCCAAUUUGAAAUGCAGCUAAUUGAUCCUAACCAGGCAUUAAGUGGCAGAGAUUAUGAGAGAGAGUAAAAAAGCCCACAAAAACAAACAUUUCUUGAAUUUUCAAGAAAUCUAAAAUUUUGUUAUGUAACUUAAAAAGCUUGAGAUUUUCAACUGGAACUGAGCAUCUCUGUGUUUGAGGAUGCAUGCCCUUAUUUGGGGGAAAAAAUCCAAAUACUCUAAUAUGCAUCUUUGAAUACAAUGGGCCUAUUUCAAAAUUGUGCAAAUAGCUCCUCCUGUCACUCCCUCACAGACUGAGGAUAAUUCUGUACUAAAAAGAGCCGGUCCAGGGGACUGGUAUUUACCAAACAUGAAAUGUUAGAAGAGGCCUUUAAGAACGCAUCCAAAUAAGAUUUCCAGGUAAGAACAAACUACACAGGAGAAGCUGAGAGUGGUGGAAGGCGACACGGUUCACUGAAAGUAGAACAAUGAUUGGUGCUCAGUCCAGGUCUGUUUCCCCAUGCCUAGUUAACAAAUAACUACUGGUCCAAAACUAGGUUAGGUAGAAAAGCCAAAAAAAAGACCAUUAAAAAAAAGAAAGAAAACGGUUUUGUCAGUUAAGAAAGAGAAUACCUCAAAUGAAAGACUCUUAUAGAGAAACUAAAGUUAGUCAAUGUGCAAAAAUUUCAACCAAAAAUAUUUUAAAUGUAAAUGCUGACUGUAAAUCUGAUUCUUGUAUUCCCUCCCUCCAAAUACUAUGAUUAACAUACACUCUGGUCCCAUUUAUUAGAAAUGGAAAAAUACCAUAAUUUUUGAUGAAUCAAAAAGUCACUAUAACACAAAUAAAGAACUGGAGGAACAGUAUCGCUCUGCCUCAUUCUGCGUGUGCUGGGCUUUUUGUCUUUAAAACUAUUUUAGUCAGAAAAUAGAUUUCAAAGAACAUAUUAAAUAACUUUUUUCCCCUUUUUACAUGUUUGCUUGAUCAGUCUUAAAACGCUAUGGUGAAGUUUUAUAGAACUAUAACCUAAAUGUUGGUCUCUUUGUACACAUCUUUUGUAUGACUGCAAAUCUUCAUCCACUUUCAUAUAUGUAUCAUUUUUACUAUUAUUUUUGUUCAAUAAAUACUUUGUGAUAAAAGGUGUGAAGA